AUGCUGAAUUGCCAAGUCAUAAAUCUACCCAAAGAAAUGUCCGCUUCAAGCUCCGAUUUUGAUACUUCACUCCUUCCAAGGUCAAUACCAUCAACCUUCCUUUCUUCCUCUCUUUCUUCCUCUCUUCAAGAAUCGAAUCCCUUUGCCUUCAUUGAUUAAAGCCAAUCUGACAGAAAAGAAAGCAACACAAGAAAUUUUCGAGUAAACUCGUCAAGAAAAACAUAUGGAGAAGCAAAAGAGGAGCUGUGGACAGGGGAGAAGGAAAUUUCAACUAAGCGUGAGUAAUGCUGCCGGUGGUAGCGGUAUAGAAGGGGUGGUUUUCUUGAGUGGAGCCUUGGCUAUUGCAAGCCUGGUAGCUUCCUUUAUGAUCAAGAAAGGUAGGAAAGAUAGCAACAAGGACACAACGAAUUUGGCAGUUACAGACUGUGGCAGGGAAGAAGAAGAUGGAAGCCAAGGGCUACGUUUUAUCCUUCAGGAUUCCAAUUCAACUCUACAUCAAAAUUCAUGUUGCACAAACCAUGGAACAUCAACGAUUGGUAUCACCCAAAUUGAAACUUGCGAAUUGGUCUCGACCCAAAAUUUGACCACGGAAGAGAAUACGAUGCAUUGCCAGCAAAAGGAUUCUCAUUCUAUAAAUGGUCACCAAGAGAUUCUCAUCUCUGAUACAGAGCAAGAAAGCAUUGCAAUGACUGAUGAUUAUGGUGAUAUUGAAGAGCUUUCACGUCCAGUGAUUGACCACUCCUUGCAUAAACCAAAGAACGUGGUCAAGAAUGACACCAACGACUCUUCAGUGAUGGAAACCAUUGAAAUAGAGAUAGAAGGUGAAGCGGUCGAUGUAGGUGCAAAGCCGACGGCUGAAGAAAAGUCAACAAUGCAAUCAUCGUUGUCAUCAGUGCCAUCAACAGAAGAAGAGAAAUGUUCACCAAAGCAAUCAUUAUUUACAGCGGAGGAGAAAGAGGAAGAAGAAAAAGAAGGAUAUUCACUCAUGCAAUCAUCAUCUUCAGCGGAGGAGGAAGAAGAAGAAGAAGAAGAAUAUUCACUCAGGCAAUCAUCAUUUUCAGCGGAGGAAGAGGAAGAAGAAGAAGAAGAAUAUUCAAUCAUGCAAUCAUCAUUUUCAGCGGAGGAAGAACAAGAAGAAGAAGAAUAUUCUGUUAUGCACUCAUCAUUUUCAGCGGAGGAAGAGGAAGAAGAAGAAGAAGAAGAAGAAUAUUCACUCAUGCAAUCAUCAUUUUCAGCAGAGGAGGAAGAAGAAGAAGAAGAAUGUUCACUCAUGGAAUCAUCAGAAGAAUGUUCACUCAUGCAAUCAUCAUUUUCAACGGAGGAGGAGGAAGAAGAUGAAGAAUGUUCACUCAUGCAAUCAUCAUUUUCAACAGAAGAUGAAGAUGAAGAAGAAUAUUCACCAAUGCGAUCGUCAUUUUCAACAGAAGAAGAAGAAGAAGAAGAAGGAUAUUCACCAACGGAAUCAUCAUUUUCAACAGAAGAAGAAGAAGACUCACCGUUGCAAUCAUCAUUUUCAACAGAAGGAACAGGAAGCUCUUCCUCAGAAUCUAAUAUGGAGGCAAUUUGGCCUGCAGAGAUGAUGGGGGUACUAUCACCCGAAUCCAAGGAGAUGACCAUUAGCCAUCUAAUAUCUGUAAAGAAAUUCGAGGAGACAGACACGACAGCCAAGAUAGAAGCGUGUCAUUACUCGGCUAACAUGUUGGACGAAAGUGGCAGCAAUAACGGUAAGAAGAAGGAAGAAACUCAGGAGCAUGUGGAGAAGAAUGAUCAAAAAGAACAUUCAGCAGCAAAGCGGCAGAUUUGGGUUCGGUUAGGUUUGCUUCUACUGCUGCUACUUCUGCUUGCCAAUUGCUUACUGCAACCUAAUUACCUCUUUAACGAUGUUUCUUUUGUUUUUCCCAUGAAAUAAGAAUCAGCACUAACAAGUGCAGAAAACGUAAACGGAAGUCUGUACAUUUCAUUCAACUGAAUUAUUUGUGAAUUUUAAUAAAUUCGAUAUGCCCUUCACGAA